AUGGUACUUGUGACUGACAGGGUACUUGUGACUGACAUAGUACUUGUGACUGACAUAGUACUUGUGAGUGACAGUGUAUUUGUGACUGACAGGGUACUUGUGACUGACAGGGUACUUGUGAGUGACAGGGUACUUGUGAGUGACAGUGUACUUGUGACUGACAUAGUACUUGUGAGUGACAGUGUACUUGUGAGUGACAGUGUACUUGUGACUGACAGGGUACUUGUGACUGACAUAGUACUUGUGAGUGACAGUGUACUUGUGACUGACAUAGUACUUGUGACUGACAGGGUACUUGUGAGUGACAGUGUACUUGUGACUGACAGCGUACUUGUGACUGACAGGGUACUUGUGACUGACAUAGUACUUGUGACUGACAGUGUACUUGUGACUGACAUGGUACUUGUGACUGACAUAGUACUUGUGAGUGACAGUGUACUUGUGACUGACAGGGUACUUGUGACUGCCAUGGUACUUGUGACUGACAUAGUACUUGUGACUGACAUAGUACUUGUGACUGACAGGGUACUUGUGAGUGACAGGGUACUUGUGACUGACAGGGUACUUGUGACUGACAGUGUACUUGUGACUGACAGGGUACUUGUGACUGACAUAGUACUUGUGAGUGACAGUGUACUUGUGACUGACAGGGUACUUGUGACUGCCAUGGUACUUGUGACUGACAUAGUACUUGUGACUGACAUAGUACUUGUGACUGACAGGGUACUUGUGACUGACAUAGUACUUGUGACUGACAGGGUACUUGUGACUGACAGUGUACUUGUGACUGACAGGGUACUUGUGACUGACAUAGUACUUGUGAGUGACAGUGUACUUGUGACUGACAGGGUACUUGUGACUGCCAUGGUACUUGUGACUGACAUAGUACUUGUGACUGCCAUGGUACUUGUGACUGACAUAGUACUUGUGACUGCCAUGGUACUUGUGACUGACAUAGUACUUGUGACUGACAUAGUACUUGUGACUGACAGGGUACUUGUGACUGACAUAGUUCUUGUGACUGACAUAGUACUUGUCAGUGACAGUGUACUUGUGACUGACAGCGUACUUGUGACUGCCAUGGUACUUGUGACUGACAUAGUACUUGUGACUGACAUAGUACUUGUGAGUGACAGGGUACUUGUGAGUGACAGGGUACUUGUGACUGACAUGGUACUUGUGACUGACAUAGUACUUGUGACUGACAUAGUACUUGUAAGUGACAGUGUACUUGUGACUGCAAUGGUACUUGUGACUGACAUAGUACUUGUGACUGACAUGGUACUUGUGACUAACAGACUGCUUGUCGUGAAAGAAAAGUCAAUUGCUACUGACAGAUUACUAUUUGUGAUCGACAAGGUGUUUCGUAAUUUGUUUUUAAUAUAUCGGUUUUGA